AUGGCAUCUUUCCAUACAGUGCAGCGAGAGACUCUAUUCAAGAACCCAAGCUCGACUAGCUUCGGAGUGCCAGCUUUACAAAAAAUUACGGCGCCUCACAUCGAAUCCUUUAAUGCUUUGUUUGCUUCUAAAGGAGGAAUUCUACAAACGGCCAUUAACGAUUUACAAGCAACAUAUGUAUAUGACAAUCCCGAAGGGACGGGGACUGUCAUAUUUGAUCCUGAAUUUAUUAUACAGUGCCGUGAAAGAUUAAUCACUUAUCAAGGACGUACGGAAGUGCGUCUUAAUUGGAAAAUUAACGACGAAACCCCAGUUUCAGAAACUAAAGUUGUGGGAAACAUACCAAUUAUGGUUAAAUCCGUUCGAUGUAAUAUAUCAGACUUUUACCCAAAAGAUUUGAUUUGUCAUCACGAAGAAGCAGAAGAAAUGGGCGGAUAUUUUAUCAUUAAUGGGAUCGAAAAAAUUAUUCGUCUUUUGCUGGUGCCGCGUCGUAAUUAUGUUAUGGGGAUCGUGCGACCAUCGUUUCAAAAACGUGGAAAAGAUUAUACACAAUAUGCUACAUCGAUUCGAUGUGCACGACCUGAUCAAACGACACAAACUGUUAAUGUGCAUUAUUUGAAGGACGGGAAUUGUAUGUUUAAGUUUUCAUGGAGAAGACAAGAAUAUAUGAUUCCGGUUAUGUUGAUACUUAAAGCUCUUGUAGAUGUUUCAGAUAAAACCAUUUUUGAUCACUUAGUGCAAAAUGAAACAUCAAAUACGUUUUUGACAGAUCGAGUAGAACUCUUGCUUCGGUCUACCAAAACUCGUAAUCUUAUAGAUCGGGAGGAUUAUCUGAAAGUUCUGGGAGAAAAAUUUCGUAUAGUGUUCAAUUCAUUACGAUCAUUCUCUGAUGCAAAGAUUGGAGAUUUUCUCUUGGAUAGAAUUGUGUUGGUACAUCUCAAAAGCAACCAAGAAAAAUAUGAUUUGUUAAUAUUUAUUAUUCGUAAACUAUAUGCAAUAGUUGCUGGCGAAUGUUCUCCUGAAAAUCCUGAUUCUCCCGCAAACCAAGAAAUACUGUUGAGUGGACAUUUAUAUGGGAUGUUAAUCAAAGAGAAACUUCAAGAAUAUCUAUAUAAUCUGCGUGAUGAAUUCUCCAAGCAUUUUCGGCAUUCCAAAAAGAACUCAGCCAUGGAUAUUACUGAUCCAAAUUAUGUGACCCGAACUUUAAAUAGAAUGAAACAUGAGACAGUUGGGCAAAAGAUAACGCAUUUUUUAGCAACCGGAAAUCUUGUAUCAAUUAGUGGAAUGGAUUUGUUACAGGCAACUGGUUAUACAAUAGUGGCAGAAAAGCUUAAUUUCUAUCGCUAUAUUUCGCAUUUUCGUUGUGUUCAUCGUGGAUCUUUCUUUACCGAGAUGAAGACGACCACUAUACGUAAACUUUUACCAGAAGCUUGGGGUUUCAUAUGUCCAGUGCACACUCCGGAUGGCGCCCCAUGUGGUCUUCUAAAUCACCUUUCUUCAAGCUGUCAAGUAAUCACCUCUCCAACCAAUACCUCGAAGUUAUCCAGAAUACUCUUCACUAUUGGUGUACUUGAUUUAUCACAUUCAGGAAAACUAAGCAAGAAUCAAAAAAUUGUGCAUGUUCUUUUAGACGGACGUGUUGUUGGCAUAUGUUUACCUGAUGUUGCUUUAUCAAUUGCAAAUCAAUUAAGGGUGUGGAAAAUUCAUGGAAACAAUGAUAUUCCAAAGCAACUUGAGAUUGGAUAUGUGCCUCUUUCUAAUGGAGGACUAUUUUCUGGUCUUUAUUUGUUCACGUCCCCUGCUCGGAUGAUGCGACCAGUCAAAUACUUGGCGACUGGUGGAACUGAUUUAAUCGGUUCAUUCGAACAGGUUUACAUGAAUAUUGCUUGCUUGGAUGAAGAUAUUAUACCGGGAGUUACAACUCACAGAGAAAUUUCUCCGACCAAUGUGUUGAGUAUCCUCGCAAAUCUAACGCCAUUUUCUGAUCACAAUCAAAGUCCCCGUAACAUGUACCAAUGUCAGAUGGCUAAACAAACGAUGGGCACUCCUUCAACAGCUCUAACGUACCGAACUGAUAGCAAAUUGUAUCGAUUGCAAACUGGACAAACUCCCAUUGUGAGACCUGAAAUUCACAAUAAAUAUGGUUUAGAUUCGUUUCUUAAUGGAACUAAUGCAAUAGUAGCUGUUCUUUCGUAUACUGGAUACGACAUGGAAGACGCCAUGAUAAUUAAUAGGCAAUCUCAUCAUCGUGGUUUUGCCUAUGGGUUAAUCUACAAAUCAGAAGUUGUCAACCUUUCAGAGAAAACAUUCAAAUUCAAAUCAAAUAUAACACGUCAUUUUUUCCUCGGCGACGACGUAGGCGAUGAAAUAAGAACGAUAUUGGAUAGUGAUGGGCUUCCUUUUAUUGGAGCCCGACUAACAGAAGGUGAUCCAUUUUAUGCAUUUUACGAUGACACAAAGGGAGUAACUCGAGUGAAAAAAUACAAAGGACCCGAAAUUGCCUAUGUCGAUCAAGUUCGCUUGUUGGGAGAUGAUUACGGAGAAUCAGAAGCACAAAAAGCACAUAUUAAAUUGAGAAUUCCUCGACCAUCGAUUAUUGGGGAUAAAUUUUCUUCAAGACAUGGUCAGAAAGGUGUAUUGUCGCAAUUAUGGCCACAAUAUGACAUGCCAUUCACUGAGAGUGGAAUGCAACCAGACAUUAUUAUAAAUCCACAUGCGUUUCCUUCUCGUAUGACAAUUGGUAUGUUUGUGGAAAGUUUAGCUGGGAAAGCUGGUGCAUUACAUGGUAUUGCACAAGACGCGACCCCUUUCAGAUUCAACGAAGAAAACGCCGCAAUGGAUUAUUUUGGGAAACAGCUGCUUAGUGCCGGUUACAAUUACCAUGGAAAUGAACCGAUGUAUAGUGGGAUCACGGGAGAAGAAUUUCACGCUGAUAUUUAUAUCGGAGUGGUAUUUUAUCAGAGAUUGCGUCAUAUGGUGUCUGAUAAGUGGCAAGUUCGGUCUACUGGUCCGGUGCAUAAUCUCACCUUGCAACCGAUUGGCGGGCGAAUACGACAAGGUGGUGUGAGGUUUGGUGAAAUGGAACGUGAUUCGCUGCUGGCACAUGGAAUGAGCUUUUGUCUACAAGAUCGAUUGAUGAAUUGUUCUGAUUAUUCACAGUGUUUGAUAUGUCAAAAAUGUGGCUCAAUAUUCUCGCCUAUAUCAUUACACCAUCAAAUUCAAAAUCGAAAACGCACAAAACAUCAUGUGCGAUGUUGUCUUUGCGAUUCGUCAGAUUAUAUUGUUCACAUAAAAAUACCAUUUUCAUUCAAGUAUCUUGCAACUGAAUUGAUGUGCAUGGGAGUUAAGAUGAUGCUGGAAGCAAAGCCAUGA